GGUGUAGAAUUGGAAAUCGAAUAUAAAAGGAUGGCGAUAUCACACUUGCCACUUGGUUCGUGAUUGAAAAUGGACGGCGCGACGCACAGAGGCGAAUUUCAAUGUCGUGGGAGAGGCAGCUGGCUCACCCCGUAAACUCGGCGAACAAUUGAUAAAGAAAAUCCGGCUAUACGCGUUCUAUUGUGUAGACCGCGAACGUAAAAACGUCACAGAUCAAACAAUACAACCCCCACUAAACCAUAUACCCAUUUUUGUAUUGACACAAUGCGCUGGGGUUCGGAACCGGUAAAUAGAAUCGUACGCGUAUUUUGACCAAAUUUUCAUCACCAGCGCCAGAUAUCAUUUUCACAAUCAAACCACGCAGGUUCAUAAAACAGUUAUAACGUUUUUUUCCGGUCAUGCUAUUUAGCGUUGUUUUAUUCGGCUCAUAGUUCGCGAUUUAAAUCUGCUCUCCUGUUGCUAUACUUAUAUUUUAAAUACGAUCGAUUCGAUUUUACGCGGUGAAGUGCGCUCUCGUAGAUUCGCGUGCACGUCGAAUUAGAGGUGUACAAUAUCUUAUAGGAAAAUGUCACAUAACACCAGUCCGAUGGUAUCGUACGCCGGUUCUCUAGGAUACUAUAAUCAUCAUCAGCAUACGCAGCAUCACUAUCAUCAUAAUCAUAAUCAUCAUCACAAUCACGACAAUUACAACGUCGAACAAUACGGACGCGAUAAUUGCCCUUCCUCGUAUCAUUCCAUCGCUGAUUUGCACCACCAUCAUUCUAGUCAAAACACCACCGCUGCAUUCUACCAGUCUCCAAGUAAACACCAGUAUUCGGAGGAUAGUAAAAAUUCAAAAUAUUCUGCACCGUCUUUGGCGCCUGACUUCAAUGCCAAUGUAUCCGCAGUACCGCAAAAUACAAGUACACUACCCGAUGCUAGUCCACCAGCUCAACCGCAGCUUGUCUGCGAAGCCAAUCAAGCCGCUAAACCGGCUUCGACUUUACCGACGUUUCCUUGGAUGAAUUAUUCUUCCGAAGAUGGGAAACGUAAACGUCAAUCGUACACCAGGCGACAGACCUUAGAACUGGAAAAAGAAUUCCGCUAUAACGAAUACCUAACAAAGAAACGACGAAGCGAAUUAUGCCACAUGUUACAAUUAAGCGAAAAACAAAUCAAGACUUGGUUCCAAAAUCGCCGCAUGAAGAAGAAAAAAGAAAAACAGAUCGAUCCCGCGAUCAAAUCCGAAGACGAGAUCGAUAUUUUUGCCGACAAAAGUAACGAAUCGCAGGAUUACGCUUGGGAUAAGACAUCGGUAACUAGUCCGUUAAUUAUAGCUGAGGAAUCUGCUACACCAACUGCAGCUAGUCUUAAUCCAAGUCCACAAUUUGUGCAGAACACGCCUCAUUUCUUUUUUAAUAAUCCUUACCAGGUGAAUUUGAAUUAUACGUGAUAGGAGUUCGAUGAAGAGUUUAUCGUAUAUUAUGUGUAUGUAUUAUUUUGUUAAUUUUUUCUUUUCUGCGAUUAUUAUUAUUUUAAAGAAAGGUGCAUUUUCUAGUCGAUAUAAUUUAUAUAAUUUUAAAACAAUCAUCGUAAUUUAUAAAUAAUUUUAAAACGUUAAAUAGGUACCUACCUACUAUAGGUAUUUAAAAUAUUUCCAAUGAUGUAUUAUGAAAAAAAAAAUUGAACUCUGUAAAAAUGUUUCUUUUUUGCCAAUAAACAGGUAUUCUUCUGUUUA